GACCUCAGACGAUGGCUGCUUUCUCCCUAAUUUGGCUAGCUUUAUGUGCAUGCUUCCAUCUAUGUAAAUAACGCGAGUUGUCUAAAUGUUUUAUGGUGUUGACGUUUAUGUGUUUUGAUUUUCCACGGUAUCACACAUAUAUAUUCUACACACCAUUCCUAAAAUUGUCCUUUUGGUCCAAACUAACUACCACCAAAUGUCUAUGGUAACCGAUAGAAUAGCCUUGAGUUCCAUUGACCUGAACUCCUUAAGCUUAAGAGGGAACACGUCUAAGUCGAUUCCUUUAAUUCCGGCCAAGAAGUCACGUUCCUUUACCACCUCCUUUUCAAACCUGAGAUCAAACUCUUUUACCACACUGUCAUUAAACUUACUAUCGUCGACCUCGUCGGUUAGAAAGCCGUCUGCUGACUCGUCUUCAGAUGUUGAUAUAUAUGCAUCCAAGCUAAAGUUUAAGCUAAAGUUGGCCGUUUUCAAGUUGAACCAACAACAAGGUUCCAGAACAAAAUCUGGCUCUUUCACCUUCUACAACUCCGAGUACCUCGUGAAGUCGCCCUCCAACUCCCUGACCAAGUUAAUUUCAACUCUGAAAGCAAUCCACCAAUUAUCUCCUAGUAUCAAGCUUUCGAGAUUCUUAAAAACAAGUAACAUCAACACAAAGCAUUUGGUUUCAAAAAGCGUUUCUUUCCCCGUGAAGAAGACCUUCGAAAACUCCAUUAACAUCAACUUGACUCAAAAGUCCUUAAACUCAUUAAUCUUGUCAAAAAGCUUCAAUAAUAAUAAUAAUAACUCCAACAAUUUGAAGCUUUUUUCCAUCAAAAAAGACUCUCCUUUUUACAGCAAUUGCAAAAUCCCUUUAACAUUAAGUGAGCAAAAGGCCAUCUUUUCAGGGAGUAAGAUUUCAUUACCUUUGGCUACCAGGUUUUCCGAGCCGUCAUCUGCAUUAGCAUCUUCAAAUUCCCUUUUAUCCUUCAAACAAGAUCCUUUACCAUCGAUAAACAAAAUCUUGAAAACUCCUUUAAAAUUGACAUCCCACACUUCAACAUUAACGUCAGCCUAUAAUGAUGAUAACGACCAAACCAUAGAUGAUCAAUCAUUCGAUGAUUCUUUGAAAAAAAAUAACUCAUCCUCCCCAUUAAGACAUUUUGCUACCCCAAACUCUUUCUCAGUGGCUAAAUCUUUGUUACAAUUGGGCUCGGGGGUCUACAAUUAGACUUGUUUUCAACGUUUCGUUAGCAUCAUAUAGUUCUCUUCCCGUAUUAAUACUAUUCGUACAUAUUGUAAUAAUAAAAUAAUGCCAUUUUGAUAUA